CGCUGAUUAUUUUUCAACCCGCGAAAGUUCCAGUGAUUUAUGCCUUUGGAUUACAAUAUAGCAGGGACACUAACCAUGAAUGGGAAGGGAAGCGUCGGUGUACCCAUCAAAUGGAAAAUUGCUGUCACCGUUCUAGUCUUAUUGUGUGUCGGUUUGCUGAUAGCUCUCGUCGUGAUUGCGGUAGAUUUCACUCAGUACAAAGAAAGAUAUCCAAACAACCCGGAAACAAAUUCGUGCGCCGAAAAAACCCUCGAAUUUGGGGAAGUACCGAAGACUCAAAACAUCUUUAACGAACUUUCCCGCGAAGAAUUAAUCGCUGCGAGGAAUUUCAUGUUGAAACAAUCCUCAUUGAAACUAAAGAAGAUUGAAAAUGCAUCCGUGAAUGAAAGCUAUAUUUUCAUGAUCCAGAUGUACCCGCCUGCCAAACAAGCAGUCCUGGAUUACUUAGAGAAAGGAAGGCCGCGGCCUGCCAGAAGAGCGCUUGUUGUUGUUUUCAAAGGUGAUUCCAACCUACCAGUGGUCCGAGAGUACAUUGUAACAUGGCCGAACAGCACCGUCAAGGAAAUGACGUACGAAGAACGCGGCAAUCCUCUUGAGUUCAACGUUCGUCCUUAUGAUCAAGUACAACACAAAGCCUUAGAGAAGAUUGUUAUAGAAGCCACAACCAAGGCUUUCAAGAUUUUAAAUGAAAGUUAUGACGGAUACUGCUAUAAUAACUGUACAAACAGGCUCUUAAAAUUUCACCCACAGGAACCCUUUGGUAAAAAUAGGGACGAACGAACAACGUGGCUGCAAUUCACUCGCGAUCUAGAGGGGGAAUCGCUGAACCCAGUCGAUUUUCAACUCUACAUAAAUUUUGCUGGCGCGGACGUGUCGAAAUGGAAAGUGGACAAAGUGUAUUACAAUGGAGACGCAUACAACACCGUCGAUGACCUUUUAUUUCAUUAUAACAAACCGUCAGGUAUUCAAAAAUCGUUCAUCCCCGCGCCAAAACCACCUUUAUUUUCAUCAUACGAAAAUCGUGGAAUCCCCCAAUCCCAGAGUUCCAGGCGAGCCCCGAGGAUGUUUGAGCCUGAUGGGAAAAGAUUUGCUGUCAGCGGUCACCAUAUUAAGUACAUGAGUUGGACCUUCGACUUUCGAAUGGAUUCAGUUUCAGGUCCUCAACUCUACGACAUUCGAUUCAAAGACAAAAGAAUAAUCUACGAACUCAGCUUACAGGAAGCCAUUUCAUUUUACACUGGCUACUCCCCAUACUUUAGGGUUGCCAAUUUUGUGUAUGGUGGAUGGACAAUGGGUAGAAGAUCUUUAGAACUAGUGGCCGGCAUCGACUGUCCAGAGACAUCCAAGUUUUUCGACACGCUGCAUUUCGUGGACACCAACGAACCGGAAGUAGUCAGGAAUGCGGUGUGCGUUUUUGAAAUGGACAGCGGUAUUCCUCUAAGGCGCCACUUUGAAGCGAAUGGAAAACGAUUCAGAUUUUAUGAAGGAAUAACCAGUCAUGUGUUAGUAAUUCGCACCAUUGCCACUUUGCGCGGUUAUGACAACGUCUUCGAUUUUGUGUUCUAUCAGAAUGGCGUUGUGGAGGUAAAAUCGACACCCACCGGCUACAUAAAAACAGAGAACGGCCAAACAAGCCUCGAUGACCCAUAUGGGGAAGAUAUCGAGAGCAAACUGCUAGGAAACUUACACAAUUACAUAUUCCAUUACAAAAUUGAUCUUGAUGUCUAUGGUACCUCCAAUUAUUUUGAGAAAAUCUCGAUCAGCAAAGACGACAAAUUAAAUAAAUGGCAUCAGCCGCAAAGAGAAAAUCUAAUGGUAUUCCGCCGAGAACAGCUAAAACUGGAGCUUGAUGCAGCGAUUGAGAACAUUGACUUCGAAAAGCCGACUUUUUAUAAUGUUCACAGUAAUGAAAAAAACAAGUUUGGCGUAAGAAGAGGAUAUCUUGUUAUACCGAUAUCAGCCGUGAAACAAAUUCUUCCGAAGGAAUAUCGUUACACCAAGAUGGCGCCGUGGUCGAAUUAUCCACUUGCUGUUACCCUCUCUAAAGAUACCGAGCUAAAGAGUAGCUCUGUGUACAAUCAGAACAGCCCCACCUCGCCCAUCGUUGACUUCGAAAAGUUCAUUGACGACAACAAUGGCAUUACCGAUAAAGAUCUCGUCGCUUGGGUUUCUAUUGGAUGUAUCCAAAUUCCGAGCUCCGAAGAUAUCCCGAACGCUGCGACGCCUACGAACACGGCCAGGUUCUUUCUUCGGCCGUUCAAUUACUUCGACGCCGAUCCUUCAAUAAAUUCUACCGAUGCAGUGUUUAUCAAACCUUCGACAGACAAAAGUGGUUCAAGUCCUCCUGUGGUUGCGAGCCGUGUGGAUCGUAGUAAAGAUGUCUGCGUGCCGAGAAAAUAUGACAUUAACUUAACAAGAACUUACGAAUGAAGAACGCGUUCAACUCACAUUAUUAGUUCACAGGAGACAUUUGACGCACAAUUCCAGUCAACAGGGCAAAAAAGAAGAGAUUUUGAAGCUGCUAUUCUCCCUCGACCCGGCUGUAUUGAGGACUAGAUGAUAGAAGCAAAAAAUUCAAUAUUUGAUCAGUAUUCAGGCAGUAUGAAGGUUAUGAAAUCGCGAAAUAGAUGAGAUGUAAAGAAGAGGUAAGGUAAAGCUCGUCAGAAAAGUCAAGGGUUGCGAUAAAAAGAUGUAGCCAUUUAGAGCGACGGAAAAUAUCUCAUAUAGCCAAUAAGAACUCAAGGUUGAACAGGAAGUUUGUCUGAAGCGCGGGAAAAUGCGAGUGGCUACUUCACUAUGGGUUUAAGUGUUAAAUAACUAUAUUGACAUUAACUUGAAAAUUUAUCUGAACUUCUUUUUUUAAAUUUUUUUAAGCUCUUGGUUCUGUAGAUUAGUCCGCAAAAAUAAGUUUCGCUGUUUGUAUUAGAUAGCUAUCCUUCUGAAAUAGAAAUUCAAUGCUUUAUUUCAUGAAGGCGAAGCUUUCUUCCGAAAGCUAAGUUUUUUUUCGCAAGAAUAACUUUGCAUAAUGACUGUAAAUAUAUAGAAAUCAUUUAUGUGCAUAACUUUGUAUUUUAUCCUACUGCAUGUGAGCAACAUCAUCUAUGGCUAGGUUCUUUAAAUAAUAUGGUUACAAAAAAAGGAAAAAAAGUUUAGAGUUUUGAAGAGCGGAAGUUUCGUUUUUAUAACCAAUAGGAAGCGAGAAUCUCGUUUAAACAAUCAGUGCCAGGUUAAGUUUUCUACAGACAACAGGAAGCGAAAAUCUCGUCUAACCAAUCAUUGCCAAGGUUAACUUUUCUACAACCAAUAGGCAGCGAGAAUCUCGUCUAACCAAUCAAUGUCAUGGUUAAGUUUUCUUCAAUCAAUAGGAAGCGAGAUCGGAUCAACUAAAACAUAAUUUUACCACGAUACCCGCCAAGCAUGUAUCACAAGGUUUACAAGUAUAUCCUACAUUGCAAUAGUUACUAAAUUUUAAAUCAUCUUUCAAAUGGGGUGCAAAAUACAACACGUCUUUGACAAAUAAAAGUUAAAAAGA